GUCAAAUUCUUGGAAGUGAUAAAGCCAUUUUGUGCGGUUUUGCCAGAGAUCCAAAAACCUGAAAGAAAGAUUCCUCUCUUUGGCAUCAUGUCAUCAGACUCCGCAGAUCCAUUCUACUGGAUGAGAGUGAUUCUGGCCUCAAAUCGAGGGACAUUGAUGGAGCUUGGCAUCUCCCCUAUUGUCACCUCUGGUCUGAUCAUGCAACUCCUUGCUGGCGCUAAAAUCAUCGAAGUUGGAGACACACCCAAAGACAGAGCCCUCUUCAAUGGAGCACAGAAAUUGUUUGGAAUGAUCAUCACUAUUGGCCAGGCUAUCGUUUAUGUAAUGACUGGCAUGUAUGGUGACCCCUCCGAGAUGGGAGCUGGAAUCUGUCUGCUCAUUAUCAUUCAGUUGUUUGUGGCAGGCCUCAUCGUGCUGCUGCUGGAUGAGCUGCUUCAAAAAGGUUACGGUCUUGGCUCUGGCAUCUCACUGUUUAUCGCAACCAACAUCUGUGAAACGAUCGUCUGGAAGGCUUUUAGUCCAACCACUGUGAAUACUGGAAGAGGCACUGAGUUUGAGGGUGCAAUCAUCGCUCUUUUCCAUCUGCUGGCAACCAGGACGGACAAAGUGCGUGCUCUCAGAGAGGCCUUUUAUAGACAGAAUCUGCCCAACCUCAUGAACCUCAUUGCCACAGUUUUUGUUUUUGCUGUUGUCAUAUAUUUUCAAGGCUUCAGAGUGGAUCUGCCAAUCAAGUCUGCUCGCUACCGUGGCCAGUACAACACCUAUCCUAUCAAGCUUUUUUACACAUCUAACAUUCCCAUCAUCCUGCAGUCUGCAUUGGUCUCCAAUUUGUACGUCAUAUCCCAAAUGCUUUCUACCCGCUUUAGUGGGAAUUACAUCAUCAAUCUGCUUGGAACGUGGUCCGAUUCUUCAUCUGGUGGUCCAGCUCGGGCAUAUCCGGUCGGUGGGCUUUGUUACUACCUCUCGCCACCAGAGUCAUUUGGAUCAGUUUUAGAAGAUCCAGUGCACGCACUUAUUUAUAUAGCCUUCAUGCUUGGAUCAUGUGCCUUUUUCUCCAAAACUUGGAUUGAAGUCUCAGGCUCCUCCGCAAAAGAUGUGGCAAAACAGCUGAAAGAGCAACAGAUGGUAAUGAGAGGGCACAGAGAGACUUCUAUGGUCCAUGAAUUAAACAGGUACAUACCUACUGCAGCUGCAUUCGGCGGGCUGUGUAUUGGCGGUUUGUCAGUGAUGGCUGAUUUCCUCGGCGCUAUCGGCUCUGGCACAGGAAUACUGCUGGCCGUCACCAUCAUUUAUCAGUACUUUGAGAUUUUUGUCAAAGAACAGAGUGAAGUUGGUAGCCUGGGGGGAUUUUUCUUCUAG